AUGCUUCCGGCCACGCGAUCUGCGGCCUCAAUGGCCCUCCGAGUCAAACCUGCCUCUGCGCUGAUGCCCUUCCGAGCCGCCGCCGCCUUCACAACAACAUCCCAAAAGGAUGCCACCUCGUUGACCCCCCACUCGCCCAGCUUCGGCAAGAUUCGCAAGGAAGUUCCCCUCCCCAGCGAAGAGGGCACCAAGGGCGUCAUCCAAUACGCGCUCACCUCCCUCGACAUCAUCGCCAACUGGGCCCGUCAAUCAUCCCUCUGGCCCAUGACCUUCGGUCUCGCCUGCUGUGCCGUCGAAAUGAUGCACCUCUCCACCCCGCGAUACGAUCAAGAUCGUCUCGGAAUCAUUUUCCGUGCCUCCCCCCGUCAGUCCGACGUCAUGAUUGUGGCCGGCACCCUCACCAACAAGAUGGCCCCGGCCCUGCGCCAGGUCUACGAUCAGAUGCCCGACCCCCGAUGGGUCAUCUCCAUGGGCAGCUGCGCCAACGGCGGCGGCUAUUACCACUACAGCUACAGCGUCGUCCGCGGCUGCGACCGUAUCGUCCCCGUCGACAUCUACGUCCCCGGAUGCCCGCCCACCAGCGAGGCCCUCAUGUACGGAAUCUUCCAGCUGCAGAGGAAGAUGCGCAACACCAAGAUUAGCCGAAUGUGGUACAGGCGGUAA